AUGGACAAGACGAAAGUAAACUACGGCGUAUACCUCGUCACAGACUCGACGCCCGCCAUCCUGGGCAACAAAGACCUCACCAGCGUCGUCGAGGCGGCCGUGCGAGGCGGCGCGACGAUUGUGCAGUAUCGCGACAAGCACAGCGACCGGGAGGCGGCGGUGAGGACGGCGAGGGCGCUGCUGGCGGUGACGAGGCGGCAUGGCGUGCCGUUGCUGGUGAAUGACCGCGUGGAUGUGGCGGUUGAGGUUGGCUGCGAGGGGGUGCAUAUUGGGCAGGACGACAUGGCAUACGAAGAAGCCCGCAAGCUGCUCGGCCCCGACAAAAUCAUUGGCGUCACGGCCAGCUCCAUCCAAGAAGCCCUCAAGGCAUGCGAGGCCGGCGCCGACUAUCUCGGCCUGGGCACUGUCUACGCCACGCAAACCAAAAAAGACACAAAGUCCAUCAUUGGUACCGCCGGCAUCCGCUCCAUCCUGCAGGCCCUCUCCGCCGCCGGCCACGCCGCCAUCCCCACCGUCUGCAUCGGCGGCAUCAACAGCUCCAACGCCACGGCCGUGCUGGUCGAGUCCAGCGCCGCGCCGGCAAAGAGCCUCGACGGCAUCGCCGUGGUCAGCGCGCUGGUCGCGGCCGAGGAUCCCGCGGCGGCGGCGAGGGUGCUGCUGACGAAUGUGGCCAUGGGGAGGGUUCCGGACGUUGUCAAGGCGGUGGCGGCUGCGACGCCGCUGUCGCAUAACAUGACGAAUUUGGUCGUGCAAAACUUUGCUGCCAAUGUUGCGCUUGCUGUUGGGGCCAGUCCCAUCAUGGCAAACUACGCCGAAGAGGCUGCUGAUCUGGCCAAGCUGGGAGGCGCUCUGGUCAUCAACAUGGGAACUGUGACGCCGGAAGGGCUGAAGAACCAUGUUCAAGCGUUGCAGGCGUAUAAUGCUGCUGGAGGGCCUGUUGUGUAUGAUCCCGUUGGCGCCGGCGCAACCGCCAUCCGCCGCAACGCCGUCAAGACGCUCCUCUCCUCCGGCCACUUCACCGUCAUCAAAGGCAACGAGCGCGAAAUCCAGACCGUCUACGGCUCCUCCGUCUCCCAGCGCGGCGUCGACUCCUCUUCCUCCUUGACUAUCCCGCAGCGUGCCACUCUCGCCCGGGCCCUCGCCCGCCGCACCGGCGCCGUCGUCAUCCUCACCGGCAAGACGGACAUUGUCAGCGACGCAUCUCGCACGUUGCGCGUAGACAACGGGCACGAGUUCCUCAGCCAGGUCACGGGCACGGGGUGCACGCUGGGGACGACGGUGAGCGCCAUGGUUGCCGCGUUUCGGAGCGACGUGCUGGUUGCGGCGCUGGCAGGGCUGGUGCUGUUUGAGAUUGCGGCCGAGAGGGCGGCGGUGAGGGACGAUGUUCGCGGGCCGGGCACGUUUGUGCCGGCGUUUAUAGAUGAGUUGAGUGCGGUGAGGAAGGAGACUGCUGGGGGGAACGUUGCGUGGUUGGCAAAGGCCAGGAUUGAGGCUCUGGAGGUAGUUGAGGAGGAGAGUGCGUGAUCUCUAUGAAAGCGUUUGAAAAAACAAAACAAAAGGAAGCAUAAUGAUCUAGAAGUUUUCACAAAAAGGUGAAUUGGGAGAAGAGAAUGAUAUCAUGUUGCUUAUCCUUCAUACCGUUCUAAACACGUACAAGAGUGCUAAACUCGACUGUUAGCUUUGACGCGCGCCAUUCCCAAAUAUCCAGUUACCCUGUCUGAGGUUUUCCAUCGAUCCUUGUGAAACAAAGAAGAAGAAGAAGAAGCAAAAAAAGAAACACCAUGAACCUGGUUGCUUGUACACAACCUAACCAAACUCCACGCCAUAUUACACUGCUCCAGCCUUGCAUUUCAAAAAGAAUCCAUCACCAUCGGCUCCCCGUUCAAGUUCCACGCCGUGUCAUUCAUAAAGUUCUGCCACAAAUCGUCGUCCAGAUCUUCCAUGCCUGCCAUCGCCCACCCCUGGCCACCCUCUCCUUUGUUCGCCGUUGCCAGUGUAGAAGACGGUAGAAGAGAAUGACGACGGUUGACUUCACUUCCCUCCAUCUCCGCCGCC